UGUUCACCAGCCAACCCACACUUUUUCGAGCUCCCAAGUACAUUCUCACAUCGACAUUCCAGUUUUACUUCGUCCUUUGCAGUUCCAUCAGCAAGCAACAACCCCAAAAAUCAUACUCGUCACUUCAUCUGAAGAAAAAAGCCAUUCAGGCAACAUUGCGUUACAAACCAUAGCUAAUUGUGUCUUUCAUUAGAGUCGACCACCAUAUUGAUAAUUUUCUUUGUGCAGAAUUUGUGCAGAACAUAAAACUCUCAUGAAAGUCUAAGAACUACUUUUCAUCAUCAAUCUUAACCAAAUUAAUGCAUAGGUUUGCGAAAACAAAACAGCCACAAGUACAACAAAAAAUUAAGUACAGUAUUGUCAUUAUCUCGUGAAUAAGUAAUUAGUGAGCCAGUUAACUUGUCGGUUAUCAUCACAUGGUGACGAGCCGAGACAAGACAACCCCAUCGUACAAAUCCAGCAUGAGACAAGACGGUUAUUGUAUCUCCCUGUGAGAGCAGUCACGUCAGUAAAUCUUCCAUUGUUAGCAUUAAUUUGCUAUCCAUACAACAGUUUGGGUGCUAACCAAAGAGCAUUCGAAGAGUGUACAACCUUGACACUGAUGGAUUUCUCGAUCUAGAUCUGCUCCUUGAAGCUUUUGUCAUGUUGUCACUACUGCGGUCCAUUUCAUCUCUGGACAAGUUUGGUGCUAGUCGUGCCACAUUGUUGUAAGGAACUGGUCAUAAUUUCUCUCCUCCUACGAGCUAACGUGUGCACGUCAAUUAAUCUCCGUCUUCCCAACGUAUCUCAGUGAUAGAAAGUAUAAUUCACCCAAGAGUGAUACCAAGACCAAGUUUUUGUCCGUGUCACUCAUGAGAACCAAAAUUGGCAUUGUUUGUUACUGUCUAUAACUCAAACUAUUCAAAAUCCACCUCAAAGAAAUUGUAAUUCUAAAAAAGUGAAACGUGACACUUUAUCCCAAGCUUAGUUGCCUCCCGAGACUAAUGAGGCAACAUGAGAUGACGAACCAAGGAAUAAUCUCUUCCUUGCAACUCUAGUAUUGGUUUUGACAACAAGAAGACUAAAUUGACAGACACGUGUACCAUUAAAUACCAAUAAAAAAUAAUAACGCUGAAUUAUUGUACGGAUCAAUCUACUAGUCAAACUUUCUUUUCAAUUUCCGUUAACGUGAAGUUGCUCUGCAUCUCUUGGUUGUUAUCAUUUCCGAGAUUCAAUUACAAGUUCUAAAGAGAAAAAGUUAUUUGAGACGUUUAUUUGCUAAACGAAGCAAAACUUUCACUCUGGGUCGCCGUCAUUGAAGAAGUAGCAAAAAAAUAAAUCUAACGGUCCAUUAGAACAUCCGACAUGCAAGCUUCUCCUGAAUCUGACAGGGGAAACAACAACUCAACCUCCGUGGACAUCGGAACAAUGAUAUUUUUCGGGGAUCGGAGUCCUAAUACGACCAGUGUUUUCGCCGUAACUCAUUCAACCUUGAUAGAUUCAGAAAACGGGGACGACUCUUUCAGCAGGGAAAGCAACAGUUUUGACUCCUUGUCCAACUUUCCCCAAGUGGCGACGUCAAUAGCGACAUUAUUCGUGGAACAUGAGCCUGGUGGUGGACAACUGCUGCAGAUGAAUGGAAGUAUCGAUAUAGGAUUGAAUCUGGGGCCAAUGGGAGACUUGGUGGAAAGUGCGAAUGACACGGGCGACAUUGCAUACGUCUGGCCCAUCCGCGACCCUCUGUACAUCCUCAUCCCCAUCACAGUGAUUUAUGUGAUCAUUCUGGUGCUCGGCCUCUGCGGCAACAUCGUAACUUGUAUUGUAAUAAUAAGAUCUCGAUACCUUCAUACCACAACAAACUACUACUUGUUCAGCCUCGCCAUUUCCGACCUCCUCCUCCUCCUGGCUGGCUUACCUGCCGAAAUGCACUCGAUCUGGUGGAGGUAUCCAUAUGUGUUUGGGGAAGUCUUCUGCAUUGGCCGUGGUCUUGCUGCCGAAACCUCGUCGAACGCCACGGUGCUGACCAUUACCGCUUUCACCGUAGAGCGUUACUUAGCCAUAUGCCGCCCUUUUAUGAUCCAAAAGUGGCAGAACAAGCUUUCACGGGUGGUCCGUCAGAUACUAGUCAUCUGGGUCAUUUCCGUCGCCUUCGCAAUUCCCCAGGCUUUACAGUUCGGACUGGAUAACAUUAUGGUUGGACCAAAUCAAACGGCGGUGACCUGCGGUGUGAAGAAAGUUUUGAUUGAACACUCCUUUGAAAUCGCCACGUUCGUCUUCUUCGUCGCCCCAAUGAUUCUCAUUACCGGACUUUACUGCAUGAUUGGGUUCACUCUGCGAAAUGCGAGCAGAGUCAAAGAAAGCAAACUGAGGCUCCGAAAAUCCUUGAGUGGUCACAAGAGAGAAGUCGGUCAACAGAGGGUUCUGAAAAUGUUGGUGGCUGUGGUGUGCGCAUUCUUUAUAUGCUGGUGUCCCUUUCAUCUGCAGAGACUUUUUGCCAUCUGGGGAACCAAAUAUUUGGAGCAAAGUGAAAUGAUGAGGACAGCCUACCACGUCCUGACGUACAUCAGUGGGGUGCUCUACUACGUGUCCACGUGUAUCAACGCCAUCCUCUAUAAUUUAUUCUCAUUGAAGUUUCGACAUGCAUUUCAGGCAUGUUUUUCUUGUACUCAUACCCAUGAGAAUUAUAAUAGCAAGGUGUUACAGCAUGUUUGAUAAAUUUUUUACAGUUUUUUCCAGUUUUAUUAGCAUUUGCAGAUUGUUUGCUUUAGAAAAUCACUAAAAAAUUGUACAUUUUAUUAAUCAAUGUACGAAAAUUAUUGCAUGUAAAGAGCUCGACGUGUACAUACAAAGGCAGAACGGUAUUAUUAGCUUAGUAGUAAUUCGAUGUUGUAUUUAUAUCAAAAGAUUAGUACAGUUGGGAAAGUGGGCGAAUUAUUGAAAGUUGCAAAUUGUAUCAGAUAAGCAUUAAGUGUUAUCUGGAAAACUGUUCACUUCGUGAGGUUUUGGAGAAGUGUAAUUAAUUUGAAUACUUUACAACGACAACUUUCAUUCAUGAUGUAACCAGCAUAAAUUGCAGUAAGUUUUGCUAUUUGGCAUUUUUCUCUCAAUGUCGUGUGAUAAAUGUUUUAAAUUACGAUUCCUGUUCCAGUGAUAUUUAUAAUUAUUGUGGUUUACCGAACGUUUUGAUGGCUGUUAUAAUAAAUCGUAUGUGACAUGAACCGAGCACAGCACAGUAUAUAUCAGCAUGCCCAGCAGAACACAUAACUAACCUGCAUCAUUAAAUUCCUAAUUGAAAAAUAUCAACCUCAUCCUCAAUAUUUCUGAUUCACAUGUACAUUCAUAACGGAAAAGACCCAUGAUGUCCUGCUUGAAUAUUUUAAAUCGUUGUAUUUUAAUGUCCUCUGCAUGAAAUUACUAUAAAAAUUUCCUGGAGACCCCUAUGUGUACAUAUUUCUUUAUUAGCAAUAGACUUUUCUACACAUUGUUAUCAGACAUUCGCAUACGCAUUUUCGGUGGGGUGAGUAGAGACAAAUAUAUUAACUGUUUCACUUGUUCUUGCAUAGAAUUUCCCAAUUUUCACACUUCAAGAGAGUACUUAAUUGAGCAAAUACACAGCGAACAUGUAACACAUACAUACUUCCCACUUCCGCCCAAAUCUGAACGACAUUUUCAUUUAAAUGUUUGAUUCCUGACAGAAAAUACAUUAAACCCAGAGCAGCAGAGUAAUUAUUGCACAUUCCAAAUGAUGUGUAGGCCUGUUGAGAGAACUGAUGAAUUAUUAGCUAGCAAUUAGAAUGGCUUGAUUAAAUUGGAGCCGUCCUUUCGACACAGGACGUGUUCCCACCACUUGAGUUGAGUUGAGUGUGCUUUAGAAAACUCUUGCACAAAACACGCCUGAUGUUGCGGAAUGAAUUCCUCCUGGACUGGAUUUUUCUGCCUGCUCACAUUCUUACAGUAUUUGAACCAAAUGACAGGUCAGUUUAAUUGUGAAAUGACGUUUAUAUGAUCUUUCUAUGUUUGCGCGAAAUCGAUCUGGAUUGGCUUUUAUGUUGGCUAUCGACUGUCAAAAAUUUCGCUUUCUCUUCUUCCUUGUAUGUUCCAACUGAAAAUUUACUCUCUCUUUCUCUUACUCUUGCCAAUUGAUGUGAAUGCUGUUGUAUGUUGGUCUUGUCAGAGUUGUUGUAUCGUGUGUAUAGUGUUACAAUGUUGUAGGAUACGUGCUGUGAGACUUGUUCGUUCGUUGUGUUGCAUAUUUGUGAUAAUCUGGUUCGUCAUGCACACAUAAACUGUAUUACUAAUGUAUUUUAGACCCGUGCAAUACUGUAAGUUUGUCAAUGCUGUUAUGACUGACUUUAUAGCAACUGAGAUGAUGAUAAUUACACAACAAUUCAUCACCGACUUUAUUCAGAGCUGAAAAAGUUCUGAACGUCCUACACGCAGCUUUCUUUAUUUAGACUUUUGUCUAACCUGUCUAUGUUAUGAGUACUAACUCGAUUGUGUCAUUUCUCCCCAUUUCCACUUUUCCCCACUCAUGAUGACGAUUGACGCAGGGUUGUUUUAUUCUUACGAUUAAUUUACUUGUGCAACAGGACAGCGUGAACAAAUGCUGUGGGGAUCAGCAGCACCAGAGGAAAGGACGCCCUGAGAUAUUGAUAACCAUAAACCAGCGGAGUGUCUCCCACUCAUCCCGCUCCCAGAAUAACAUGGUGCUCACGGAGGUGACAACAUUAUCCAAUCUUACUGGAAACUUUGUUCAGCCGAUCCAUCACCCGCACAAUCCUUCGCAUCACCAUCAUCAUCUUUCAUUCAAUCCAACGACGCUUACGAAGCAUCAUGAAUUGGCUGGCGAAGAUGAAAUUGUCCAGGUUUAGCCUGGAAUUUUCUAGAGUAGGGAAAUGUAUGCAAGUAUUUUCUGUAUAUAGGAACGAUCGGAUUUAUUUAUGUAAGUAGGGCGUCAGUCAGCAGAAGAAUUAGGCUUAAUGGAAACCAUUACGAAACUAUGUAACUCUGUGUAAAAUGUGAAAUUACAGCGUAAAUGCUUCAUGCAAAAGUGUCUCAUCUACUAAUGAAAAACUGUAUUUUCUGUCUCAACUCCAUUUAUCUCUUGCUUGAUGUUGCUCAGAUUUAACAAUUCAUUCUCAUUUACUAUAAAACAAACUGAGCGAAUUAAAAAAUAUAUAUAUUUUGUUAUAUGUACAAGAUAAGAUAAUGUGCUUGGAGAUAUUUUGGUCUUUAUUACCCCAUCAAACCAACCACAAAAAACAAAGCAAGAAAUGCUAUGUUGUGUAUAUUAAUUAUCUUACAAGUUUUCUACUUAAGCGUUAGUCAGUAGGACCGUACGUAGUACAUACGCCAGAAGCACAAAAGAAAGUCGUGUGCCAAUGCAUCCAUGUGGAAAUUCUUACGACUUUUAUUCGUAUUAUAACUAUUACGACUUUCUUGAUUCUAUUACAAUUAGUUCUACGAAUUCUAUUAUGGUGAUAUUCUCCCUAUUUCGAGACUCCCAUUCCUAUGUCCAAAUGAAACUGUAAUUAAUUAUUACUGAUUUAUGGUUCAUACCUCCAUGCUUCCAUUCUACGAUUUCCCCGUACAAUGCACGUUAUGUAGGUUUCUUACAUAAGGGAAAGUUUGUAUGUAACUCUUGCUAGGAUGGGCGUUAAGGCAAGUAUUCCAAGCGAAAGUUGAGUAUAUGUAUGUACCUUAUAAAUUUAUGUCAAUUAAGAGAUUGGUCUCCGUUAUGAAUCUUUGUAGAACUUGAGACGAUUUCAAUGUGGGACACGAGGUUCUCUCCAACCUUCAAGUUUCUAAUAAACUCUAACCUUUAUCAUCA